AUGGCCAGAAGGUCAAGGGAAGUGAUCAGCCCCUUCUUCUCGGCACUUGUUAGGCCACAUGUACAACACUGCAUCCAGGUUUUGGCCCACCAGUACAAGGGCCCCGACCCCAUACAAGGAGGUCCUCAGGAAGACAAAGCCAGGCUCUCCAUAAUGGUGCAUGGCAGAAGGAUGAGAGACAACAGCCACAGGUUGAAAUCAGAGAGGAACAGGCUGGAGAGCAGGACAAACUUUUCCACUGAGAGGAUGGUCACGCCUUGGAACAUGUUGCCGAGAGAAGCUGUGCCAUCUCCAUCCCUGGAGGUUCUCAAGACUGGAUCAAGGCCUCAGCAACCUGGUCUGACCCCAAAGCUGACCCUGCAAGGAGUGAGGAAGCUGAGGUGCUACAGGGAGAAAGGGGAAUGGGAGAAUUGCACAUCGUCAAUGGAGUUUGUCCUGCUGGGAAUGGGGAAUUUGCCCUCGCUCCAGACACCACUCUUCGUCCUCUUGUUUAUGAUCUACUUGGUAACGAUGAUUGGGAACAUCCUCAUUGUUGCGUUGGUGGUGGCAGACUGGCACCUGCACACCCCCAUGUACUUUUUCCUCAGCAAUCUCUCCUCGUUGGAGAUCUGCUACAGCUCCACGAUCCUGCCCCAGCUGCUGGCCAGCUUCCUGACUGGGGACAGGACCAUCUCUGCUCAGGGCUGUAUUGUACAAUUCUAUUUUUUUGCCUCUUUUGUGGUUACCGAGUCUUAUCUGCUGGCAGUUAUGUCCUACGAUCGGUACUUGGCCAUAUGCCAGCCCCUGCUCUAUGCAAGCAUCAUGACCUGGAAGGUCUCUCUACAGCUGGCAGCAGCGUCUUGGCUAGUGGGAUUGCUAAUCUCCACAGUAGUCAUUUCUUUCAUAUCUGAGUUGAAGUUCUGUGGCCCCAAUGCAAUUAACCACUUCUUCUGUGAUUUUAAACCAUUGCUGGAGCUUGCCUGCAGUGACACCCGGGUGGUUACAAUAGUAACUUUCUUCCUAUCUUUCCUGGAUUUAGUCUUCCCUUUCCUGUUCACAGUGGCCUCCUACAUGUGCAUCAUAGCUGCCAUCCUGAGGAUCCCGUCCAGCGUGGGCAGGCAGAAGGCCUUCUCCACCUGCUCCUCCCACCUCACUGUUGUCAAUGUUUUCUAUGGCACCCUCAUCAUUGUCUACAUGCUGCCCAGAACCCCCCAGCUGAGGCAGCUCAACAAAGUGUUCUCCUUUUCCUACACCGUCCUCACACCCCUGGUCAAUCCCCUCAUCUACAGCCUGCGGAACAGGGAGGUCAGGGAGGCCCUGAGAAAUGCACUCAGCAGAAAAGCAGGUUUCCUUGUUCUGUGA